GAACACAUCCGUCUUCUGCACGCUCCUCCUCAGCUGCUUUUAGCCGCCAUUCGCGAGUCGGUAUGGGCCGUAUCGGGGCGCACACUUGCGCGCACCGUCUCGCAACAAUGCGUCACCUGUCGCCGCGUAGCUGGCAAUACUUCUGCUCCAUUGAUGGGCGCUCUACCCUCUCAGCGCGUAACGCCUGAUUUUCCGUUCAUUAGUGUCGGCGUAGACUUCGCUGGGCCUUUUAUGAUUACGGACAGGCAUGGCAGAGGUUGCAAAAUAACGAAGUGCUAUUUAGCGAUAUUUGUUUGUCUUCGAUACAAAUGUUUGCAUUUAGAGGCAGUAAGCACGCUAUCGACGGAUUCGUUUAUUCUUUCGCUGCGACGUUUUAUCUCUCGCAGAGGGCGACCUCGCGAGAUCUUCUGCGAUAAUGGACGUAAUUUUGUAGGAGCGGCCAAGGAAAUUAGCGAUUAUCUUAGUUCAAAUUCAGACACGGUUUGCAAUUUUGCAGCAAAUGAGGGAAUACAAUUUAAAUUCCAACCGGCAUAUGCUCCUCACUUUGGUGGUUUGUGGGAAGCAGGAGUCAAAUCUGCCAAAUUUCACCUCAAUCGCAUUCUAGGUAACGGUCAUUUAACCUAUGAAGAAUUGGCAACUUUAUUUAGUCAGGUUGAAUCAAUCCUGAACAGUCGUCCUUUAUGUCCUUUAUCGUCCUCACCAAACGAUUUCCAACCCUUAACCCCAGGUCACUUCAUCAUCGGCCGCGCGCUCACUUCGUUGCCGUCGCCCCACCUCGCGGAUAUAAACCCAAGCCGUUUAGACAGGUUUCAGAGGCUCGAGGCACUAAGACAGCACUUCUGGCGGCGCUGGCAAAUGGAAUACGUCUGCGAGCUCCAGCAACGGACGAAAUGGCGUGUUCCAGGACGAGCUCUUCAACUGGGUGACCUGGUCCUAAUCAAGGAAGAGAAUAUUCCUCCACUGCACUGGCGGCUUGGACGAAUCUCCAAAUUGUUUCCUGGCGCCGACGGGAUUUCGCGAGUAGCCGAAGUUGCCACUGUAACAGGCACCUAUAAGCGAGGUGUGAAAUACCUCUGCCCUCUGCUGGACGAGACCCAUGAAGCCUUGAAGGCUAAAGCCUCCAAGGGCCCCCAGGAUGUUGCGGCUCCUACCAACGAAGGGGAAGCGGGGACUGCAUACCAAUAAACCAGUUGGCCCAUCUGCCGCGCCCCUCGCCGCCUCUAGACGCCUAGCGAGCUCACUUGGCUCUGAUACGCGCUCAUGUGCGCGUCACACGCAAUUAGAAACAUAUUUUUCUAUACAUACAAUUUAAGCAUAAGUACCU